AUGCUUUUACGAAGUCCUAUUCUCUCUCGUAGUAGCAAAGCAACUGAAUCAAUUUCUCCCGGCACACUGUCCCUCGCAAACAAUACAGCUCGUCACCACUCCGUAAUACUUCCCUUCGGUAUUCUCUUACUGUCGUUACCAGCUCAUUUGGGAUCUCCCUCGGAUCCUCAAACUCAUCCAUUACCAAAGCCGCAUCGCAACAUUCUCCUAUCAAAUACGGAUUCCCGAAGACAUAACAUUUCACGGAAGGCGGAAGGCGGAGGGUCAAUGGGAUUGAUUACCCAGAGACUCACGAUGUUCGCAACCUUCGGCUUGAUCAUCCAGCUGCCAUAUCAACGCAACGCUUGUACCCUCUUCUUUCCAAACCAAUAUGAACAACAAAAGCAAGACAUUCCAGGCAAGCUACCAGGCAUCUAUAAGCCUUGGCUUCGGCUUCCUCUCUGUAGAGCUGUCCUCUCUAUCGUCGCUUGCUUAGGCUCUACCUCCCAGGUGUGA